AUGAAGGAGAUAAUAUUCUUGCUGGUCCUAUUGCACUUACAGAGUGGCAGCACUGGAUUUAAUACUCCAGGAAAGUUCUGGACCACAGGCCAGGGUGGUGAAACCCAGACCAGUCACUCAGACUUGACUCCAUCUCCGACCACAAUUGUGGGGUCACCCCAUUCUGAGAUCCAAGCUGCCGAAGUGAGUGCCUCACAGGGACCUCCUUUUGCAUCUUCAGGCAAGACUCUGGGAAUGAAAGCAGUGAAGAAAACAUCCAAACCUACAACUUCUACCCCUGCAAGCCAGUCAAAUGGACACAGCGAUGGUGACCCUGACAAAGAUAAGAAGAGAAGCUCAUCGAGCAGCACAGGCACAUCUCUGCAGAACGAUGCUAGAGAGGUCCCUUUCCAGCAAGAGGUCACUACUAGCCAGGAUACAGCUACAGGGAACAGAUCUCUCAAACCGUCAUCCCACAGCCCUGGUAUCACCAGCACCCAGCAGGGUGCCAACUCCAAAGCAUCCAGCUUUGAAACUACCAGGGGAAAGAACUGGUGUGCUUAUGUCCAUACCAGACUCUUACCUACAGUGGUAGUGGACAACCUAGAAACCUUUUCAUCAGGCAGAGCGAAGCCUUGCACUUGGCAUAUUGGAUCCUGUGCUCAGAGGUCCCAGACAACAACACACCAGGCCUACAGAAUCAAACAUAAAAUAGUAACAUCGCUGGAGUGGAAGUGCUGUCCUGGGUACGGUGGGCAAAACUGCCAACCCAAAGCUCCAGAACAGCAGUCACUUAUACACAGCAACCAAGCUGAAAGCAGCAGAACUAUCAGUGAGAAGGCACCAGGAGUUCCUCAGGACCCCAGUGGGCCAGCAUUUACACAAAAAAUGAAUGAGAAGAUUAGCAGCCAGGAGAUGAAACUGACUUUUCUACAGAAGAAGGUUGACAGCAUUGCUGCUGCGAUGAAUGAUGCAAGCAAGAUGCUUUCUUCUCUAGAAGGCAAAAUCAAUGAAAAUAAGGGCAGAGACUUCCAGUCUUUUCUAAAAGGUCUCAAAUCCAGAAGUAUUAAUGAAUUAGUCAAAGACAUCGUCAGAGAACAGUUUAAAGUAUUUCAAGGUGAAAUCCAAGAGAGCAUGGCUCAAAUUUUCAAGACUGUGUCUGGUUUGUCAGAUGAUCUUGAAAAUACAAAAGAAUCAGUCAAGCAUCUGAAUAAAACCCAACAAAAAAUUGCUCAGGAAAAAGACAGUGCACCAACAAAGCUUGACAUUCUGGAGCUAAAGAGUCAUAUGGUGCAGAUGAAAGAGGAAAUGACCCUCAGUUGUGACAAGCCUAUGAAAGCUUUACAGGAAAAGCAGAAAUCCUUGGAAGAUAACUUGGAGCAUCAACAGUCAAGAAGUGUCAUUUAUUAUGAAUCUUUAAAUAGGACUCUCUCAGAAAUGAAAGAUGCUCAUGAACAACUGUUAUCAGCUGAACAGUCUUCAAGCCAAAACACCCCUUCAGCAGACAAAGUCACAGAGUACAAUGUUACAGAGUAUAUGUUCACACUGCAUGAGAAAGUAAGGAAACAAGGCAUGAUGGUGCUGCAGAUCUAUGAUGACUUAAGAGUCCAGGACAGCAAGAUCAGCAAUCUCAGUGUUGCACUGGAAAUUCAGAGAGACUCUGUUCUGGGAAUCUGUGAUGACAUGUUGUCAGAGAGCAGAAGGGAUUUCGAAACUCAGCUGGCAGCAAUCCAAGAGAAUGUGCUUGUCCUAAACAAAAGUCUCUCUGACCUGGUCCUUCCAUUGGACAAUAAGAUGGACAAAAUGAAUGAGCAAAUUAAUGACUUGUGCUAUGAUAUGGAGAUCCUGCAACCCUUGAUUGAACAAGGGGUACCUUUUAGUCUGACUUCAGACUAUGAACAACAGAUCCAAGCUGAAGCAAUCAAUCAGAAACUUGAAAACCUCACAACUGUCAUUAAUAGAAUAAGUUCUGCAAUUACUGAGCUUUCCAAAACUCAGGAAGGACUUAAAAAUGAAUCUCAAACUUAUCAGGCACUGUUUGAGAGUCGUGUUAAUGAAUGCUCCAUGGAAAUAGAAGAUGGAUUAAACAAGACCAUGAUAGUAAUAAACAGCGCUAUUGAUUCUAUUCAGGAUAACUAUGUACUGAAAGAUAUGCUACCUGCUCUAAGAAAUGAGACUGAAGUCUGCUGUGGCAGAGCUGAGAAACUGGACAGUGUCCUGGCUUUCAUUCCCCAGUUCCAACAGUUGAAUGAAUCCCUCCAGACACUGCUCAUUGGCAAGAAGUAUGAAUCACUUUCUGAUCUUCCAUAUGAAAAGUCUGACAGAAGUAUCCUCCACAAUUUCAGAAGAUUUUUCUAUAUUUUAAAUGAAACAUCAUCAAAAGUGGACAAUCAACAACAAGAUAUCAACCGCCUGGAAGAAAAACUAUUCGACUUUGUGGAGGAAUCAAAGGACCAUGAGGUUCGCCUUCUGAGUGUGGAGUCAAAAAUUUCCAAGUUUUUGGCAAACAACUGUAUCUCACUAAAAAAAACCAAAGCUGCCUCAACAGAGAAAGAACAAGUGGUCUCACUUCAGCUCCAGACACUGAGCUCCAGGAUCAAGGCCCUGGAAGCCAAGUCGAUCCGCUUCUCAAACAGCAUUCCACUUCUGAACAAGACUGCUCAUGAGGCCUGGGGGCUGUGUCAGGAUACCAACAGCAGCAUCCAAAAAGUGAAUGCAAGUAUACCCGUGCUAAUUAAACUUGCUCAGCCAGAUAUACCCCUGCUGCAGAAAGGCCUCAAAGAGCUCAUUGAAUCUGUGCUUGAAAUAAAAGCAGGGACUAUCUUGACAAAUUUAACCCAGCAUGUUGACGUUGCAAUGGCAAGUGCAAUGAACAACAUCACCAAACUUCAGAAACAGGUGAAACCAGUUACGAAGAAACUAGCUCCAGUGAAAAAGGGAGCAGCAAACAUCACCAUGAGCCUGGCAAGCCGAAGUCAGAGAAACACAGAUAAUACUAUAGAUCCAGGGCAGUUUUCAGCUUGUGUCAGUUCCCCGUGCCAGAAUGGAGGAACCUGUAUCAACGACAGAGAGAGUUUUAUUUGUGCUUGUCGCCACCCCUUUGGAGGAGUCAACUGCAGUAUGAAGCUGGUGAACGACAAUUCUCUGAGUGUAGAUUUUUCAAAAGGAUCAUACAGAUAUGCACCUAUGGUGGCUUUUUUUGCCUCUCAUACAUAUGGAAUGACGACUCCAGGACCCAUCAGGUUUAACAAUCUGGAUGUCAACUACGGAGCUUCAUUUGCCCCAGCAACUGGGAAGUUCCAUGUUCCAUAUCUGGGAGUCUAUGUUUUUGAAUAUACCAUUGAAUCUUUUAGUCCACGUGCCUCUGGCUAUCUGGUCAUUGAUGGAAUAGACAAACUCACUUUUCAGGCUGAAAAUAUUAAUAGUAACAAGUACACUGACAGAACAAUUACUGGAAAUGCUUUAUUAGAGUUAAAUUAUGGUCAAGAAGUCUGGCUCAGACUGGCAACUGGCUCUAUACCAGCUAAGUAUCCACCAGUAACCACAUUUAGUGGUUACUUGUUGUAUCGUACCUAA